AUGAAAGAUGCGCCGGCUUGGUGCAAUGAGCGUACUACAAGUGAAAGGCUGAAUGAAUGCAUCCAAUAUAUCCAAUGGCUGCUGAUCAAAGUAAUCAUUCGCCACAUUGCGCAGACUGCGCUCUUCCUAGCGCUGAGAAAAGCCUUCGUCUCGGUGAUUGGGACACUGAAUGCGACUAGUUGUUGCGGCCAACGUACUCGUUCCCGGGUUUGCACAGGUAGUGCGCGACUGAAUUGCGGCUUGACGUUUAACCAGGUUGGUGUUUGUCCUGUUACAGGAUUGGGGGCAUCCCGUGUACUUGAUGACGGAAGUCACCCAGCUACACAUUCUCUGCUUGAGUCACUUAGCAAGGCUGUAACCUGA